UUUCACAUGCGAUCAAGACUGUAUAUUACUCGACUAUUACUCACGAAAUAAUAUGACAGGGAAUAUAAUCGAUCGGUAACAGCAUAAUAUGCUGACCUCGUUUUCUCAGCAAAAAUUUACUCUCAAGUGAAACAUUCUGACAAAAAAUCUGUCGGGAUUGAAAUUGGGGCCUUCAUUGAUCUGGGUUCCACGGGAUUUCUCAUGGGUCCUUUAUAAGACCUGUUUCGUGCUUCGGAUGAUCUGCUCACUGCUCUAGACAUGUAUCCUUCAGUUGAUGGUCGCCUUGAUAUCCUCGCCGUCUUACCACUUUCCUUUGCUGUCAUCAUAGCCCUCAGGCGGUUCAUUGAGAACAGUCAGAGCAAGCCUCGCCUUCCUCCUGGCCCAGUGCCGCUCCCACUGAUAGGGAACACCUUGUCUAUUGACGGCAUGGAGCCUUGGUUGACUUAUACGAAAUGGCAUGCUGCUUAUGGAGACUUGGUUUUCGUGCGACUUCUAGGCCAGGGAGUCAUAUCGAUCAAUUCCCAGAAUGUUGCAGAAGCCUUGUUGGACAAGCGUUCUGAGAUUUACUCCGAUCGACCAUACUUCGCUACAGCCGAACAAUUUGGCUGGUCGGCGAUCACCUUUGCAUUCACAGGCUAUGGUGACGAAUGGCGUCUUUCUCGACGACUCUUCCACCAAGCUUUUCGUCCUAAUUCUGUACUCAAGCUUCGCCCGGUGCAGAUGAGACGGGUUCGCGAGAUGAUCGUCAACCUGAUCGAUGACCCUCAACAUUAUCAUAACCACUUCGCAACGUUCUCGUCAUCAGUUGGGAUGUCUACUAUAUAUGACUACGAGCCCAGCGCUCGUGAGGAUCCUCUGGUUCAAAUGAUGGAAAAUACAGUGGCUGUUGGCCUUGAGAUGACGACCCCAGGGAAAGCAAUCUUGCUUCAACUCUUCCCCUUCCUACUGAAGUUACCUGACUGGUGCUGGGGAUCUUCGAUCAAACGCGAUGCUCAAUUUUCGACCGAUCAUAUGAAUAAAAUCAGGGACUUGCCGUUUCAAUCUGCACAACAGCAUAUGGCUGGAAACUCGUUCAUCGGCCAGUCCUCGAUGGUGGCAGAAAAUUUGCAACGAAUGGAGAAGCAAGACGAGGCAUCCAAACCGAUGUUCGAAGUUGCCUUAAAGAGAGCAGUUGUAGCUGGUGUUAUGGGUUCAUAUGAGACGACCUCUUCGACUUUGAUGGUUUUUGUUCUUGCCAUGGUAUUGUAUCCAGAUGUCCAGAGACGCGCACAAGCGGAAAUCGACUCGGUGAUCGGAAGAGAUCGCUUACCUACGUUUGAGGACAGAGCAUCACUACCUUAUGUUGAAUCAAUUCUGCGGGAGACUUUCCGAUGGCACCCCAUUCUACCUCUCGGCGUUCCACAUGCCACUUCGAGUGACGAUACAUACAAUGGUUUUUUCAUUCCGAAAGGAACGACCGUCAUGUGUAACACCUGGGCCAUUUCACGAGAUGAAAAGCGGUACCCUGACGCAUCUCGUUUUAUGCCGGAGAGGUUCCUAGACGUCAACGGCGCGUUGACGGAUGAUGACCCCGCGGGAUACGUUUUCGGCUUAGGCCGGCGUGGAUGUCCGGGGCGGUAUGCCGGUGAUGCUUCUGUGUGGACUGCUAUCGUGACCAUGUUAGCCACGGUGGACUUUUCUUUCGCCAAGGAUGACCAGGGCAAAGUGAUCGACUUCACCCCUCAAUUCCACCCCGGACUUGUUUGGUAG